AUGGCUGUGGGUAUCUAUGUCGUCCGCUGGCGGCGGAGUAAGCUGAACCUCCCCGAGCCCGAGUUCAAAGCGUGGCACGUGGUGAUCAUCUUCAACAUCUGCAUCCAGCUUUACCUUCUGAUCAUGCCAUGGUACCCGCCAGCAGGCGGACAAUACGCUGGUGACGUCAGCUUCUGGUAUGCGACGUACGCGGUGACCGGUGUGGGAAUUCUCCUCGCCUGUGCAGCUUACUACUGGUUUUGGGCAUUCCUCAUCCCAAAAUGGAAGGGCUACAAGUUGCGCCAGGAACUCAUUAGUUUUGAGGACGGUGCUCAGAGUAACCAGCUUCGGAAGGUCCCCUACGCCGACGUUGCCGAAUGGGAUGCUACUCAUGACGCGGCUGGGCGCAUCAUCAACAACACCACCGUUACCGAAGCUCCGGUCCAAGAGAAGGCUGUGCGCACUUCAUCUGAGGGCAGCAACUCUGAUGUCGGUAACUCAGUUUCUGUGAGUAAUCGGAGAAACGGCGGUGUCUAG